UACAUCUCGUCGCUUUGUUGUUCACAGUGAGUGAAAAGGUUGAUUGUUAGGUUCAAGGACUAAAGUUUCUUAUUUCAUGUAGUUACCCUGCGUACUUUACUAAUGUGUAUUAUUCAGCUUCAUUUAAAACACCAAACAGUCGCGAGAUUAAAAAAUUAAAUAUACAGUCGACAAUAUACUCUAGAUUCUAAUUGAUGGGAAAGGCAGACACGAAACAUGACAGUAACUCAGACUAUCAUGUCUGGAGAUUUAAGUACAGUUUCUCUCGCAUUGUUGAUUGGAACUAUUCUUCUGCUGAUGAUUCGGUCGAGGAGACCCCGGAUGUUUCCUCCUGGUCCCCUGUGUCUUCCAGCUCUCGGUAAUACAUUAACAAUAAUGAGAAAAACACUGGUAUAUGCCUUUCGUGACUGGCGUAAAGACUAUGGAGAUAUUUUCAGUGUUGCAAUCGGAGCUAAAUGGGUUAUAGUGAUCAAUGGCUACGAAAAUUUGCGAGAAGCUUUCGUGAAAAGAGGGGAUUCCUUUUCAGAAAGACCAGACAUUUUUGUUGUUCGGGAAAUAACAAAAAGACACGGUAUAAUCGGAAACAGUGGUCCAAUAUGGAAGGAGCAGAGAACAUUUACACUUGGCGCCCUGCGUGAUUUUGGUUUUGGGAAGAAAAGUCUUGAAGUGCGAGUGAAAGAAGAAGUAGAGGUAUUUUUAGGAUCCGCGGAAGAAACGAAAGAACAAACAUUUAUGUUCACUGAUAAGAUACACAUAAGUAUUUCAAACAUCAUAUGUUCUAUUGUAUUUGGUGAAAGAUUUGAAUACGAUGAUAAAACGUUUGAUAAUUUUUUACAAUUGAUGAAUGAAAAUUUCUCGACUUCCGCUUUGGCGGGAGUUUUGAAUUUCAUGCCAUUUUUAACCAAGAUUCCCGGUGAUCUUCUGUCGGCAAAGCGUUUAAAACAUAAUAUAGAACAAAUUAUGGAGUUUGUUGAAGACAGGAUUCAAGAACACCGAAAAACAUUUGAUGAAGACAAUCUGCGCGAUUUUAUUGACGCUUAUAUCAAUGAGAUGAACAAAUGCAAAGAGGGUGAUACAACCAGCUUUACAGAAUUUCAGUUUGUGAGUACCAUCAGAGAUCUCUUUAUAGCUGGAACAGAGACAACAGCCACUGGUAUCAAGUGGGCUAUUUUAUAUAUGCUACAUAAUCCCGCCAUACAAGAAAAAAUGCACGAGGAAAUUUUGCAGGUGGUUGGUCUCGGACGGCUUCCUUCAAUCCAUGAUAGGACUAUGAUGCCAUACUGUGAAGCGGUGAUUUAUGAAACACUCCGAAUGGGAAAUAUAGUUCCAUUGUCAGUCCCCCAUGGUACAAAUGAAGAUGUGAUGUUUAAAGGAUUUGCCAUUCCUAAAGACGCUGUAGUUAUUGCUAACCUUGAUUCUGUUUUAACUUACGAGGAAAUAUUUCCUGAACCCUCAAGAUUCAACCCUGAAAGGUUUCUAGAUAAGGAAGGAAAACUUCAAGGGUUUGAAAAGGUGUUAGCGUUUUCCUUGGGAAGGAGAAUGUGCCUAGGAGAAUCCUUAGCAAGGAUGGAAAUGUUUCUGUUUUUAACAUCUAUGGUACAACGCUUUAAGUUCCUCCCAUCAAAAGGACAACCAGCACCGCCGAUUGUUCGAAGAUUAGGCAUAUCUUUUUGUCCAGCUCCUUACCCCAUGAGAGCUAUUUUGCGAGUAUAAGCAAACUCGAACACUUGAUGUCAAUGAAGACGGAGGCAUUUUUCAUACAUACAAUAAUAUUUAUAAAUUUUAUGACAUGUUGACUGUAAGCAAAAUAAAAAAAAAAAUAUUUAAAGGUUUGAAAUGAUUUCUUGGUUAUUCAGGACAAAUUAUAGACGAUAACUCGCUAUCUUACAGAUU